AUGGCUGCGGAAGGUGUGCUGCAAAUGCCGGACCUGCAGUAUAAGAUGAGCAAGAAGAUUACACAGCUGCAGAAGGUGAUCUACCACCUGAACAACAAGACGGACGACCAUGACUUCGAGGUCCUAGACAUGGCUGGCCAACAUGAGAGCGAAAUUGAGCAGAUCCUGCGAGAUGCAGCGGAGAAGAUCAGGACCUUCAAAGAGUCUCUGGAGAUCAGGAAAGAGGAGAGCAGGGUCGCCGAGGUGGUCAGGGAACUCACGGCGAAAUUCGAGCAAGAGAAGGCGGAGGCCGCUGCCAAGUUGGAGGAGUUCAAGCAGCAGGCGACUGUACAAGAGGAUCUUCUCAGGGGCUAUCUGCGAACGUCCGAAGGGCGGGUGGAGUCUCUCACCAGGAAUGUGGCGACUCUCAAAGAGAAGGUCCAGCAGCAGGGUUUGCAGCUGCAGGAGGUAACGGGCACGGCAGAGGCGGCCUCCAAGGAGAAUGACGAGUUGAAGCGGAGUCAUCGAAGAGAGAUGGAGGCGCUGAAAUUGCGGUCCCAGGAGGAAGUUGCGGACGCGCAUCGGGUGCAUCGCAAGCAGAUGGACGCGCUGGCGGCGGAGCGUGAGGCGGCCGAGAGCGCGCUGCGCGCGGAGAUCGCGCACGCCACGAUGGCGGCCAACCGGGGCCUGCAGGAGCUCAUCGCGGACUACGAGAGCCGCAUGGGGAAGGGCCGGGAGACGUACGAAGCGGAAAUUAUGAGAAUGCGCGAGGAGUCGCGCGACGAGACGGAGAGGAAUGAGAGAAGGGAGAAGGAGAAAGAAGAGAGUUGGAGUCAGGAAAGGGAGGGGCUAGAGAGGGCUAACGAGGAGGUUAGAGGGCGGUUUGCGGCCGCGGAGAGGCGAUGUGAUGAGUUGGUGAAGAGAGUGGAGGAGGCAAUGACGCAGCUGGCAACGACGAGCAAAGAGCUCGAGACAGAGAAGCAACGGACGUCCACGCUCGACGCCGCCCUCUCCGAGUCCCGCUCGGUCGCAGCGAAGCUGUCCCAAGACCUCCAAGCUGCCGUCCGAAAGGGCGACCAGCUGUCCUCCGAGCUGCGCGCAGAGCGUGACGCGGGCGAGCGAGCGCGCGCGCGCGCCCAGGAGGAGGCGGCCGCGAGCGCGUCCGAAAGCGAAAAGCUGCAGAGGGAUUUGCGCGAGGAGUUGGAGAAUCGGAAAAAAUCGGACGCUGCAUACGAGGAAGAAGUGGGCGUCCGGAAAAGGGUGGAGGGCGAACUAGGGGCGGCGAGGAAAGCGCUGGAGGACGUCACGAACGAGGCGCGGCAGCUCAAGAUCGACCUUUCCACGAUGAGAGAGGAGAGCGCCAAGAAGGAGGCCGAGCUGGCCAUGAGCGGAACGGAAGCUUCCAAACGGAUCGCGGAACUCAAAUUCACGGUUGCCGACCUGCAGAAAGAACUGAUCGCCAAGGUCAGAGAAGCGGAGGAACGAGCGGCCGCGGCGCUAGCCUCGCAGAUGAACGACCUGAGCGCGCGGCACGCGCGCGCUGUUCAAGACGUCGAGGCAAAGCACACGCAGGAGACGGAGGCCGCCGCCGCGGCUGCCGCGGAGUGGGAACGCGCGCUUCGGGAGCAACUAGAAGGCGAGCUUUUGAAAGUGGAGGCGAAGUACAAUGAGGAGAUUGGGCAGGCGAGCGAGCUGCUGUCCCAGGAGCGCGCGGAGGCGCGCGCGCGCGCAGAGGCACUCGAAGAAGAGAUCCGCCGGUUGAGAGAUGGCACCGGCGACCUGGGUGUUCAAAACGAAGGGCUUACAAAGAGACUGGCGGAUGUCACGGCGGCGAAAGAAAAAGCGGGACGCGAGCUCCAGCAACGCGUCGAAGUGUUGACCCAGGUAUCCGUUAAGGUGAAGGAAUUGGAAGCGGACCUGGAUUCCGUCCGACUGGCGGCGGAACGGGAAACCGCUCAGCUGAAAAGGGAGAUGGAGGGCGCGCGGGCGGUUGCGGAGGAGCGGUUGCGGCGGGCGAAAGACGAGUACGAGACGACGCUGCAAAGAAGCGAGGAAGACUGGAAACGGGCGACAAAGGACCAAGUGCAGCAGGCGGUGGAGGCGAGCGCGCGGGAGCACGCACUCGAGGUGCGCCAGCUGCGCGCGCAGAUGCAGGCGGAGCAGGAGGCGGAAAAGCAGGCCGUCCUGCAGCGCCAGCUGUCAACCGCGGCCGGCCGCGAGCAGGAGCUCUUGGCGCGGCUCCAAGGCGCCUCUGCCGAGGCUGACGAUAUCCGACGUCAGCACGCCGCCGCGCUGGCAUCCGCCGAGGCGGAGGCGGAGGGCGCGCGGGAAGCGUUGGAGGCGCGGCACAAGGAGGAACUAGAGGUCAUCGGGUCACGUGCCCAACGGGAAAUCGAAGCCCUCAAAGCGUCUCACGCCGAUACGCUCCAGAACCGCGAAGCGGAGACACUGGAGAACGCAAGGAAGGACGAAGCUGCGCACGCGGCGGAGAUGUCUGCCCUGAGGCGGGAACAGAAAGAAGAGGUAUCGAAUCUGGUGUCCGAAUGGAGCGCCCGCCUGUCCGAAGCGAAGGCGGACGCAGAGCGGCGACAGGAGGAGGUCGCCAACGAGCUGCGGGCGUCACAUGCUGCCGCGGUCGAAAGCCUGAAGGCGGGCCACGAGCGCGCGCUCGCUGAGAUGCGGCGCGCGCAUGACUCGCUAGAGAAGAAGCACGACGAGAAGGAGAACAUGAUUCAGCAAGUAGGAGCGGCGAACCGGCAGCUGCAGAUGGAGCUCGCUGGGGGCAAGAAGGAGAUGCAGAAACUGAACGCCGAUCUUGUCACGACAAGAAGCGAUUUCCAGCGCGAGCUGCGCCAGACCGAGGCCGCGCUGACGGCCGCGCACCGCGCGGAGAUCGAGCGCCUGAUGACCGAAAACCUCGCGGAAACGCGCGCGCUGCAAGAGGGUUUCGAGGGCGCGAAAGCCGCCAUGGAGCGCGGGCAGGAGGAGCUGCAAGCGCGGCUUGACGCGUGGAAGGCGCGGUUUGAGGCGCGCGAGCCCCGCCCGGAGGACGUGGCGCGCAUUGGCGCGCUGGAGGACCUGUGCGCGCAGAAAGACGAAAAGUACGAUAAGCUAUACGAUGCGACCAAGAAAAUGCGCCUGGAGCUGCUGAACCGGGAGGAGAACUACAAUAAGGUGUUCGGCGCCGCGCCGGUCGUGCAGCAGGGUGUUGCGGACUGGCUCAAACCAAAGACCAACAUGAAGGACACCAGUGGGUCUGGCGGAAGAUCCGCCAGAAGUAGCAACGCAACAGGGGGUCCUAAGUCGACAGCCAGUUCCAGAAGGCCUAGUGGCCAAGAGAACCGCUAG